GCGUGUGGUUCUGACGGUGGAGGUGUGUGUUCUGACGGUGGAGGUGUGUUCUGACGGUGGAGGUGUGGUUCUGACGGUGGAGGUGUCUGUUCUGACGGUGGAGGUGUGUGUUCUGACGGUGGAGGUGUGUGUUCUGACGGUGAAGGUGUGUGUUCUGACGGUGGAGGUGUGUGGUUCUGACGGUGAGGUGUGUGUUCUGACGGUGGAGGUGUGUGUUCUGACGGUGGAGGCGUGUGUUCUGACGGUGGAGGUGUGUGUUCUGACGGUGGAGGCGUGUGUUCUGACGGUGGAGGUGUUGUGGGACCUGAGCAGGAACCGUGUGCGGAGGGUGGAGGGCCUGACGUUCCACGGGCUACACGCCCUGCGCUCCCUGAAGAUGCAGAGGAACGGCAUCAGCCGCCUGAUGGACGGCGCCUUCUGGGGCCUCGGCAACAUGGAAACGCUGCAGCUGGAGUACAACAACCUGACGGAGGUUAGUAAGGGCUGGCUGUACGGCCUGCUGACUCUGCAGCAGCUCCACCUGGGACACAAUUCCAUCAGCAGGAUCCGAGCCGACGCCUGGGAGUUCUGCCAGAAGCUCAGCCAGCUGGACCUCUCCUCCAACCAUUUGUCCAGACUGGAGGAAUCGAGCUUCGUCGGACUCAGUCUGCUGGAUGAACUUCAUAUCGGAAACAACCGCGUCAGCUUCAUCGCUGACGGGGCUUUCCGUGGCCUCUCCCACUUACAGACGCUGGACCUCCAGAACAACGAAAUCUCCUGGACCAUCGAGGACAUGAACGGGCCCUUCUCUGCUCUGGACAAGCUGAAGCAGCUGUUUCUACAAGGGAACCAGAUCCGCUCGGUUACCAAGAAGUCCUUCUCCGGCCUCGACACGCUGACGCACCUAGACCUGGGCAACAAUGCGAUCAUGUCGAUCCAGGGGAAUGCCUUCUCGCAGAUGAAGAAGCUGGAGGAGCUGCACCUGAAUACCUCCAGCCUCCUGUGCGACUGCCAGAUUAAGUGGCUGUCUCCGUGGGUGGUGGAACAAGCCUUCCUGCCCUAUGUCAAUGCCAGCUGCGCCCAUCCCCAGAUGCUCAAGGGCAAGAGUGUGUUCGCCGUCAGCCAAGAGGAGUUUGUGUGUGAUGACUUCCCGAAGCCCCAGAUCACGGUGCAGCCGGAGACCCAGUCGGCCAUCAAGGGCACCAACGUCACGUUCAUCUGCACGGCCGCCAGCUCCAGCGACUCCCCCAUGACCUUUGCGUGGAAGAAGGACAACGAGGUUCUGAACGACGCGGAGGUCCACAACCAGGCUCACCUGCGGGCCCCCGGCGGCACCGGAGGCGAGACGGAGGUGACGGAGUACACCACCACGCUGCAGCUACGCGACGUGGAGUUCUCCAGCGAGGGCCGCUACCAGUGUGUCAUCUCCAACCACUUCGGCUCCUCCUACUCCACCAAGGCCAAGCUCACCGUCAACAUGCUCCCCUCCUUCACCAAGAUGCCCAUGGACCUCAGCAUCCGCGCUGGAGCCAAUGCCAGACUGGAGUGCGCGGCGGUGGGCCACCCUUCGCCACAGAUCGCCUGGCAGAAGGACGGCGGAACCGACUUCCCCGCCGCCCGGGAGCGCCGCAUGCACGUCAUGCCCGAGGACGACGUCUUCUUCAUCGUGGACGUCAAGACGGAGGACAUCGGCGUUUACAGCUGCACCGCCCAGAACACAGCCGGCGCCAUCUCCGCCAACGCUACGCUAACCGUUCUGGAAACACCCUCCUUCCUGCGACCCCUCGUGGACCGCACUGUGGCCAAAGGUGAGACCGCCGUCCUCCAGUGCAUCGCCGGCGGCAGCCCCCCGCCGCGGCUCAACUGGACCAAGGACGACAGCCCCCUGGUGGUGACGGAGCGCCACUUUUUCGCCGCCGCUAACCAGUUGCUCAUCAUUGUGGACGCGGCCGAGGGCGAUGCAGGGAAGUACACGUGCGAGAUGUCCAACACACUGGGAACGGAGAGGGGGAAUGUGCGCCUGGCCGUGCUGCCCAACCCCAACUGCGACUCCGGCGUGCCGGGGGUCGGGGGCGUCGGCAUGUCAGGCGCGGCGGGGUCGGACGAGGACGGCUGGACCACGGUGGGCAUCGUGAUCAUCGCGGUGGUGUGCUGCGUGGUCGGCACCUCGCUGGUGUGGGUGGUGAUCAUCUACCACACACGGCGACGCAACGAAGACUGCAGCGUCACCAACACAGAUGAGACCAACCUUCCCGCCGACAUCCCGAGCUACCUGUCCUCCCAAGGAACUCUGGCCGACAGACAGGAUGGCUACAUCCCGUCUGAGAGUGGGAGCAGCCACCAGUACAUGGCCUCAUCGAUGAGCGGCUUCUACCUGCAGCAUAGAGACAUGAACGGUUUGUGUCAGCUGGACACAGGAAGUGAAGCAGAUAUGGAGGCAGCCAUUGACCCUCUGCUCUGCCAUUACCAAGGUCCCAUCGGCUCGCUGCUCCGCAGAGACGUGUUCCCCGCCGAGCCGUCUGAAGCGUUCACAGGCUGUGCUUUCGACCAAAGGCCCGUCUGUAUCGACUCGUACAGCGGCAGUCUGACCCGCUCGAAAAUGAGGGACCUCUACCAACAUGGCGGGGGGACGCUGAGCGACCCCUUCGACCACUGCGCCUCCACUUUCCUGAUGCAGCUCCCCAACGCCAGCCUCCACCAAGCUCCUCCGCAGCAGCACGGCGACCGACCGCCGUCCAUGUACGAGGGAGACGCCGGCGACUAUGGCCGACCACACGAGAGGCUCUCGCCCUCCAGCACCUUCAUGGGAACCUUUGGGAAGGCACCCUGGAAGCCCCAGACGGAGCCGUCCUCGGGUCCUCGGGCCUCGCCUCCGGCGUCUCACAGCGGGCAGAACCAGCCGGAGAGCCCCUACAUGGCCCUGGACCCCGACUCAGACCAGGAAGGGAGCCGGCAGUACGCGGAACCCAGGUCGGAGCAGAGCGCCGGUGUUUAUGAACAGCCCUACGACACCAGCAGGACUGAUGCUGUCCACCAGGGCAGGAUGAACACAUAGCCGAACUUUUUGUCUUUAUUAUUUUCAUGAAGAGAAUCGACCAAAACAAACAAAUAAAAAUAUUCUACCUCAGCGAAGUGACACUUUAGCGGAAAAGGAAUUUAAAAAAGGACUCUGCAAAUGUGCAACGAGUGAAUGUAUAGGACGGCAUGUUGUCCGUACCGAGCGGCAAAAGGAGAAUAUUCCCGGCAAAGACUGUUCCUACAGGACACAACUUCAGUUAAAGAACAAUGACGGAGAAUAUAUAUAUAUAUGAAUACAUUUUAUACAAAGUCUAUUAUAUUUUGUAAAUUAAUGGUGUACAAACAGAUUCCAUUAUUUUUGCUUACCGUCCCUUAAGUGUUUUGUGCCAUACCGCCCUGCCUGUUCAGUUAUCCCCGCCUGAGCGUUUAAUUUGUUUUCUGUUGUUUCGCUUUUGCAAGAGGCAACUUUUUUGCACGUAGCCAAACCUAAUAAAAACACCUUCAUAUGUGCUGCUUAACACUGGAGUACUGUGAGCCCGGAGUGUUUUCACCGCGUUCAUCACAUGGAGGAAUGAGUCUACAGCCACCGAGGACGCGGAGCCUGGGUUGUUUUUUUUUUGUUUUUUUGCUCUUAUAGGGAAAGCGAGCGAGAGAGGGAUGAUGGAAAACACCGGCUUUCCGCAGCAGAACCACAGACCGCCAAGGACGUUAUGUGCCUGUCGUCAGCCCCCCCACGAUGAGAGAGAGCGAGUA